UGUUACAAAUGGAUUAGUAAUUUCAUAGCCGAUGAAAUGUAAGUUUAGAGUGAGAAAAUGGGUGAGCAAUGAAAAGCAGCUUAUCGUUAAACGUAAUAAUAAUCCUGAUAAUGUCAUUCUUCCCUCGGUUGAUAAGAAUAUAGACAUGUCGAAGCCAGUAUUCAGCGUAUCGCAGUUUACUUUUCGCACUUAUUGUCGUGGCAGAUCUUGCAUUUUGUAUACCUUCUGUUUUUGAGGUUAUGCUGUUUACAAAACUAUGCGAAUUCCGACACAAAUAAAAUAUAAAUAAAUGAAUAUUAUUAAUAUUUUGAUAACGAAUUGAUGCGAUAUUCAAUUCCACGAUUGUUAUGGCUUCGACGAGCAGACGCAAUGUGUCAAACAAUGAUGAGGCUGCUAACGAUUACGAGAGGGAAAGCCUGCUCAAUAAUGACAGUGACCAAGAUGAAGACACGAUAUACAAUAAACCAGGCUCAUCCGGCGAACCUGUGCAGGUCCAUGGAAAAAUGGAUAACAUUAAAAUUCAAAUCCGUGAGGUGACAGACGUUAUGCGCGACAAUGUACAAAAAGUCAUGGACCGAGGAGAACGACUGGAAGAUCUUCAGUUCGCAAGUGAUCGUUUGAAUAUAGCUGGAUCAGAAUUUCGAAAUUCAGCUCGAAAAGCUCGUUACGCUGCCUGGUACAGGAACCUUGUAGCAAAAUUUGGAAUAAUUGCGAUCAUUGUCAUCAUAUUUGUGAUUAUACUAGUUACUGUUAUUUCGAAGUACUCCUGAAAAUUGGAAUGAGGAACUUUGCCACGUUUUCAUCCCCUUCUGCGCACCAUUACAAGUCUGUCCAUUUACAAUGAAUUUAUAAUUCUAUAUAUUGUUUUAUAAUAUAUAUAUACUUUAUAAUAAUAUAUAUUAAUGUACACACAAAACACAUAUUUUCAAUACAUAUGUAUAUAUUUUGAUAUGAUCAAUUACAUUGGGUAUUGUAUUCGA